GGACCCCCAAGUAACGCGAUUGGAAAGUAGACUCUGGAUCGCGAAAGCCUGCCGCAUGUCCCGCUGAAGCAUCGCGAUGCAGAAGGGGAGGAGGCUCCUCGCCGAGAGAUGGCCUCCCUCAACGAUGCGGGAAGGAAGGAGGCCGUCUCUCGGCGUGGCUCGGCCUUGCUGGAAGGCGCGACCUCCUGCUUUUAUGAGACCCAGUCGCUCAGCGUCUCAGCAUCGAGAACCAGAGUAGAUGUUUGCAGCCACACCGCUAUUACCUGUACGAGCCCUGCGUCUACGAGCAGUUUCUUGCAACCACACCGCCACUAGUAUCUGUACGAUCCCCGCCUUGUACAUCCACCGCUUCUAGUGACUAGCCACACCACUACCUCCGCUAGUCGCGCCUGCCAGCGCCUGCCAGCAUCGUGCCGCCACGCCGUGCAUUCAGCCGUCUGUUGUCUUGGAGUGCUACCGCGACGUGCCAGUGGGCGUCGACGCAAGUGGGAUUCCACGUCGCGCCGAGUCAGUCACGCGUGGCACGUGAAGAAGCAGUUAGCGACGGCGAUAAGCGCUCUUCCCAGACGCGGCCACGCUUCCCUACGCGCUGCUUUGCCGCGCUGCUUUACUGCGCCACUCGUCGACUCUUCACUCUACAGCGGCGCUCUCUCAAACUCUCAACCUCUCGAAAGCAGCUCGCCAGCAGCGCCAGCUCUUCCGCAGAAGAUCUUCAGCGACGCCGGCGCUGCGCCGUCGCGAGCACCAUGAUCCACCGCGUGCGCGCCGCCUCUCCGAGUCGUGCCGCGCUGCUCCAACUUGUAGCCCUCGCCGUCAUUUGCGCGUGCGACUUGUGCGUGGCCGGCACGGGCGAUGAGGUGCCGGCCACGGCGGUGAGCGUGGCGACGCGGCUGGCGGCGGAUUUCGACUUCGACUUCCGCGCCGCCCGCUGCCUCAACGUGCCGCGCGAGGUGGCGAGCGCUGGCUCGGAUGUGCGCGUGAGGUGGAGCCUGGGGAAGGCCGCGACCGCGGGCGCAGGCGCAGGCGCGGGCGCGGGUGCGGGUGGCGGUGGUGCCACGUGCCGACAGCUGACGUUCUUCGGCAGCCGCGACUGCGAGGGCGACCUGGUGGCACGGCUCGCACGGCCCAGCAGCGCCGCCGUGCGCAAGAGCAGCAGCACCGCCAUCAAGAAGAAGAUCAAAGAGUGGGCUACUGUGGCUUCCGUUCAGUGCGAUAUUGACAGCAUCUGCCAGUUCACCACGUGCCCGGGCAACUCCACUUGCAUCCCAACGACUGACAGCAGGAGCGUCUCCUGUGCAUGUGAUCUGGGCUUUGCUGCCAAAGAUGGUACUUGCCAAGAUAAAUGUGUCGGCGUGCAGUGUGGCGUCGGCUCUAAGUGCGGCAAGGACGCAGAGGGUGCUCCCACGUGCGUGUGCACUGCGGGGUUCAAGAUGCUCCCCGACGGCACGUGUGAAGAUGUUGCCUGUGCUGGGGUGGAUUGCCCUGCUGACAAGGCCUGUGUGAAUGUGGAUGGCGUUGCCACCUGCAAAUGGGCCUCGCCGUGUGGCAUCUGCCCCACUGGAGCCACAUGCAAAACCACGCCUGCUCUCGCCAAUGCGUCCAUCGCCGUGCCGUACUGCGCGUGCCCUGAGGGCGCUGGGAUGACUGCGGAGGCCUGCAUUGAGGGCGCGGCGUCCACCGUAUCCUCCAUCAGCGUGACGUACAUCCAGAACCACCACGCCACGGGCGACGCAUCCCGGCCGCACACGUUCCGCAUCAACCUCACCACGUGCACGCAGUUCCCCCCGGAAGUAGCGGCCAACUUCACGGCGCAGUACGGCGUGUACAACAUCCCCGGCGGCACUCGCUGCCAGUCCAUGUCGAGCUUCCUCACCGACGGCUGCGCUGGGCCUGCUGCCAGGACCGUCUUCGUGCCGCCCACACCCUACUAUGCGAUUGCCAAGGAGGAUGCGGAAUUUCUUAAAGUCCGUUCAGUAAUGUGCCAACCGGCAGCAGCGUGAACGUGGCUCGUCACUUCAGAGGGCGCAAGCGAAGGCUAUUGGGUGCUGCCUUGUACCGGUACCAACCCUGAAGCAUCUGCGUUAGAAUGGAGUACGACCAUCGAGUCAAACCCUGCUACAGUACCACUGACGGUUGACACAGGUUGACGACAUCUCGAAGAGGUUACGAAAGGGCAACAGUCACAGACCGUUGACCAUGCAACCCAACAGUCAGAAUUGCAAGAGUCAAGUCAGCGCGACAGCAAGGACAAAAAAAUGUCUUGAUAUUACAGUACGGGUGGUUACCCGAGUCGCCUUAUCCAGUCGUUAAAGGGAAUGUACACCUCGAAAUGCACAAACAGUUUGACUCUUCAUAUUCUCUUGUAUUAUUAUAUAAACCUUGUAUCCCUUU